UACUGCUGUUGUUACUGCUGCUGCUGCUGCUGCUGUUGCUACUACUUCUAAUAUUAUUGCUCUGUCAUUGCUGCUGUUACUUUUUCUACAUCAUAUUGAUCGAAUGUCAUGUGACCUGGUAUCUGGCCUGCAGCUCAAUAUUAGACCAGUAUUUCAACAAACAUCUAGCUAUUUUCAGUGAAAUACCUAGAAUCUCCAGUUCUUCCAACAAUUGCAAAACUCUGCUUUCUCGUCACAUCUGCAUCAAUAUCACUAUGGCUUUGGUAACAAGAUAUUGUUGCCAAGUCAAUGGUGUGUCAUUGCUGACAGGCGGAGGUGAUUUCUUAGAAUGGAUUUAGGAUUUUUUGGUAAAAAAGUUCCUGGAAAUCCAGUUGGUGCCGGAUUUGGAUCGAGUUUCUUUGCAGGAACAUCCAACUUUCUGAAUUCUGUCACUGCUAAAAAGGACGGAAUAUUUAGUGAUUUGUCAAAUAAAGUUGACUCAUUUAUUAAAGGAGAAGAAAUACCAGCAAAUGUUGGGCAACCUGCCUUCAACAGAAAUCCUCCGCGAAAUGUACCACCACAACAUCCUACUGCACAUGGCCAACAGCGUCCACUUGGUUUUCCUCCAAUAGUUCCAGGAAGCCAACCACGAGGGAUAACACCACAACAAGGGUUUCCACCUGUUCUGCCAGAUCCCAAAUUAGCUCGGCAACAAGGUAUACCCACACCACGAAUUGGUGUUCCUCUAGGACUAAAGGCGACACCCCCUCCAACAACUAGUCUCCAAAGCAAACCUCUAGAUAAAGUUGAUAUUUCAGCCACUCGCAGAGAUCUUAAAGACCCUGUUUCUGAAAGAAAUGAUGUAAAUAUUCCUCAUGAUGAAGCUCAAAGAGAUAGCAGUUUAUCUGAGAGUUCUCAAUCAAGGUUAGCUUCUAGCCAAGUCAAACCUGGCCAGAAAGCUGGACCCCAAACCCAAGGUCAGCCUGGACAAUAUCAACAAAAGACUGGUGAACGACCUUCUCAAAAAUCAGCUGCUGACAGGCAGAGAACUUCUCCUUCUGCUGAACAAACCCUAAGGUCAUCUCCAACUCCAGCUGAAAGACAAAAACUAACUGACCGGCGAGGUCAAAGACCAGGAAGUUCACAAAGUGACCGCUUGGGACAAGGUCAGAAAUCUACUCCACCUUUAACAGAACGACAACAACAGAAAGCUCAUUCUGAAAGACAGGGACAAAGGUCAUCACCUCAACCAACAGAACGCCACAGUCGAUCAUCUCCACCACAAGGCCAGCGAGCAAAACCAGAACCAGAACGUCGUCUUUCAAGAUCAGGACAAGAACUAAGUAUCACUGAACGACAAGGUGUACGGCAAGGACAGGAACCAAUAGAGCGUUUUCGUGACCAACGAUCAGGUGGGGAACCAAUAGCUCGUCGUACAUCACGAGGUAGUCAGGAACUUACUGAACGUCAUAGGUCUGGACAAGAUCUAACUGACCAUCGAGGUCAAAGAAUUAGUCAAGAUUCAUUAGAAAGGUAUGGACCUAAAGGUCAAGAGAUAUUAGACAGACAGAGAUUAGAAUCUUUAGAUCAUACUGGUAGGCAAAUUCAAAGAUCUCAGGACCCUCUUGACCGCCAUCAAAGGACAACUUUAGACCAAUCAGAACGUCAUAGGAUUUCUGAUUCAUCAGACCCACAUAAAAUUAGUUUAGGUGAUUCUCGAGGUUAUUCGGAAUCUAUAGAUCGAUAUUCACAACGUACAACACCUGCUGCUCAGACAAGAUCCGGUCAAGAUACAAGUCAUCGUCGAAGUGAAAGAUCGUCUCCAAUACCAGCUCAAAGGCGUAGCCAAAGAUCAUCUCCAGAACCUUUGCAGCGGCGUAGCCAAAGAUUAGAUCAGGAACAUGAUAUUACUACAAAAUCAGGAUCAACCCUUAGAAGCCAAAAAUCUACAGAAUUCCAUAGUCAAAGAACAAUACCAGAUGGAGCAGAUCGACAUAGUCACCGUUUAGACAGAGAUUCCCUUGACCGAUAUAGUCAAAGAUCAAUAGAUGAUUCUUCAGAUCGUUAUGGACUGAGGGGAGACAGGGAAAUAGAGCGAUAUAACCAGAGAUCAAUUGAAGAAUCAGCUUCCCGGCAGGGCCAAAGAACAGCACCCCCUCUCUCCUCUCGCCAGCGAUCAAGUUCAGAUUACUAUGACCAACACUCAUCACCAGAACCUGCUGAUCGACCUCGAGUUUCACGGCAAACUCAAAGAGUAGCUGAUGAUCCAGAACGUAGUGUUCUUAGAUCCCCAUCAUCUGAGGCUGAAUAUUACCAUAGUCACCGGCCAGCCCCUCCCCUCCCUGAUAAACAUACACAGAAAGUAGCUCCCGAACCAACCAGACGGCAAUCUCAAAGGACUGAUAGAGAAUCUGAUUACUACCGUCACAGAUCUGAUCACGGUAUUGCAAAGCCAACACCCAUUCCUGCUGACCGUCAUCGAUCUGCUUUUAAACCAAUUGAACGACCUGGCCGGAGAUCAGCACCAAGAUUAGGCGAAUAUAGUGAUCGAGAGUCGACUGAACACCAGCAGCGAACUACUGCAAGUGGUAGGUUAUCAGAACCAUCAGAGCGAAUUCUUCGAUCACCAUCGUCUGAAGACUUAGAGCGAGAAAUGGAUGAAAAAAGAGGAGGGAAAUUUGCCUCAGGGCGUCGCCGAUCUAGUACAGUUGAUGAAAUGCUGUUUGAUGAUUACGUUGAGCCACCUGAAGAUCAGACUGAAGCACCAGCAUCAGAAGCAGCUGAAACGGCUAGUAGACGCCGAACUCUCAUGCCCAUGGGAGAUCUGAUUUCUUUUGAUGAAGAGGAUCAGCGGAGAGGCUAUAGUGAGAGGCGUCACAAGCCAACCGCAGCUAAAAGGAAGACUGACCGCCGUCGACUCAGCCCUGAUUCUUCUGAUGGGGGAUAUGGCGGAGAGGCUGGACGACACUCAAGCAUCGAUUCAUCCGGAGAUGAAUUCGGUGGAGAGCCUUACCACCGUUCUCUAUCUAUGGAAUCAGAGCAGUCAUGGGAUUCUACUUAUAGCAUUGAAAGCCAGCCUGAUGACAUCACUCUGGAAUGCAUGGAGUUUAUGAAAAUGUUUGUAGAAAAAAUAUUCUUGUUGAAUGAAGAGAUUUCUCAAACAGAGAAAGCAAAAUUUGGGGAACUUUGCCAACAUCAACCAGGAAGAAUUUGGUUUGCCAGAUAUGUCAACUCUCAAAGAGUGCACAACAAGAGAGUUGAUGAACAGAUUUUCUUCCGUCUAGUCCAAUAUUUCUCAGUGGUAUUAUUUGAAUGUCACAUGGCAGAGGACUAUACCCCAGCAAAGUCAUUAAUGAAUAUGUGUUUCACAUUUUUCUAUGAAAAUAAUGUUAAAUAUGGUCUUGGGCCGCUCACAGAAGAUAGUACGCAAACAGUAGCCCCAAUUCUACAAGAUGCUGCAACUCAAACAAUUGAAACCAAGCCUGAAUAUGUUGAGCCAACCAGAUUCCGAGAUGUGGGAACAGUUCCACGCACACCAAGUGUUACAAAGCCGAUUACUCAGGAUGCUGCAACUAUGACAGCAAGUGUGAGAACCAAAGAUAUUUCCAUCAGUGCCAAGUUACAAACACACGACAUUGCAGUGGCAGCUGAUUUCAAAUUACCUGAACGACCACCUGUUGCUCAAACAAUCAGAAAAAUGGAAAUGAGUUCUAAAUCAGUCUGUCACAAACGCAACACUGCAACAUCACCUGUCAGAUUUUACGAAUAUAUGAAACCAGCUGUUAUAACACAUGAAGUGUCUGUUGGUCCGAGCCUUAGAACGCGUACUUUUGGUGUCGGUGAAUACUAUUUCCGGACUCAUGAAAUUGGAAUGCAAACAGACAGAGAUAUCCCAGACAUCAUAGAACCCUCUAGACGACUAUUUGAUGAAACUCCUCUAAUGAAUCGGCUUACAGUUGCAGCAGGAAGAAAAAGAAAAUCACAAUCAACGGAUGAAGUUACUAAACUAGAACUUGAUACUUUGGUUGCUGAUAAACAUAGAAUUGAAGCUGAGACUAAUUUAUAUAAAAUGGAGAAAAAACGAAUAGAGGCUCAACUGGCUUACUAUGGUGUAGACUCUCAAAGAGUGGAAGCACAGAAACGAUAUCAUCAGCUUAAGAUAAAGAAAUUAGAACGAGAAAUGGCUUUACGAGAAUGAAAAAUAUACCAGAAAAUUUCUGCCAAAGGCAAUUCUGGUUAUGAAUUAUUUUUUAAACAAUAAUUUAAUGCAACUUUAAUAAAAAGAAAAAAGAAGAAAGAAUAAAAAUUAAGAUAUUUGGUUCAAAAUUGAUGAAUAUAGCUUAUUUCAUUCUGUAAGUAACAUACAAAGACAAUUUGAUCUCAAAUUACAUUGUUUUUCUUUUUACUUUCUCUCAUUAAGAUCACAUAGUUAUAACCUAAGUAAUUUUAUUAAACCUAUACAAAUUAUAACUAAGUUAAAAUUAAAUACAAGUAGUUGGAAAUUAAAAGUGAUUGCUUUACUAGACUUGCUUAUUAAUAAUUUUUAGAAGUAUAAAGUUAUUUAAACGUUCCUUCGAGAUAUUCAUUGGUUUUUACAUCAUUGAAAUAUAUUGAAUGAAUCAUUUCAUUUUUUAAAAAUCGAAAUAAUUUAUAAAACAGAUAUCUCUACUGAAAUGCUAUAUGUUAUAUAAUAGACUACAAAGUAAUUAUGGAAUAAAUAAAAAUUAGAAUCCAAAGAAACUAGUGUUGUUCUGCACUAGCUGGUAAAAUUAAAUUAAUAUAAUUUAUAAAAUAGGACAGUUUGUUUGUAUGCUGUAAGGAGAUAUAAGUUUUGAACAGAGCUCUUCAGUUAUUUUCAUAAAAUGUUUAUACUAAGAAAUCUUUUCUAUAUACAAUUCCCAUGUGCAAUGGAUAAUAUUAAAAUUUAAUGCUUAUAUCUCUCUUUUGAUCAGACCUUGUCGUCACUGAUAAAAAGAAAUAAGUUAUAAUAAUUUAUCCUUGCUUCAUCACCCCCCCCCCCCAGAUUUACUCUGUGUAUAUACAUCAAUAUACGCAUCAAUAGUAUUAGCAAUUAAAAUUUCUUUAAUGGCCUCAAAUUAGCCAUAUUUAGAAUAAUAUAAUUAUGAUUUUGAAAGAUAUUGAUCAAAAUUGCAAGGUUUAAACACAGAUAUUCUUACCCUAUUUAUAUAAAUCUAAUUAAUUGUUAAUUAAUUGUUAUAUUUCUGUGUUUAUUCAGUUUUUAUUUUGUUGAUUUAUAAACACUUGAAGUCAACUAUUGGUCUGCUAUUUUUGAACCAAUUUAAUCCAAUCUAAAAUAAACAUAUAGUAAUUUCAAAAGACAUCUUAUAUUUGAAAUAUCUCUUCUUAAACUAUUUGAUGCAAGAUUUUAUUAUUUGUGUCAAUUUAAAACAACUACUUGAAAUACCUAUUCAAUCAAUUGUUAUUUAAAAUCAGGGAAGAUUGCAAAAUCCUUGUUAUGAAUUACAAUUAAAACUAAUAAACUGAUUUUACGAACAUUAAAUAUUCAAAUUAGUGUUUCAACAUUGUCAAUUUUGGACCAUUUCUCGAUUUUAUCUUUCACCCUUUCGUUAACCAAAUCCACAAAUUUGUUUAUGAAAAUAUUGAACCAGUGAUAAAUAUUUAAAAUGCUGUUGUUUUUAUUUUGUAUUGAAACUGUUUGUGAGGCUAUUUCUUUGUCAUUUAUUUCACAACCCAAAAAAUUAGCUAAGGCAUUCUUGAUAGGAGAAGAAAAUAUCAUUCUACCUACUAAAUUUAUUACAACUUUUAAUUGAUAAUUUAAAUUAUCUAUUAGCUUUAAAAUAGUUGUUAAUAUAUAAGAAAUUGUUUGAUAAAUUGCUGAAAAGAUUUUGUGGCCAUUUUGAUUGCUUAUUUUUCUGCUGAUUCUCCUUUUUCCUCAUUUAUUAUUGUCAAGUAAAUAUCCAAACCAUUAUCAAAUUAUACCAACCAUAAAAACUGCUGCAUUACCAUGUAGCAAACCUUUCUUUAGACAUUUCUGUCUACCCACAAUUACAUUCAAAAUAAGUUCACCAAUUCUAAAUUAGGAAAACUUUGAUAAUGUUGAUAAAAACUACCAGUAUUUUAAAGUUAGUAAUUUAAAAGAAUUUCAUGAUAUAUUAUACUGCCAACCAAAAUAUUUCGACAAGUUUUUCUGUAUUCUAAGUUGAAAGAUUUUAAAAAGGGAACUUAUCUUUAAUUAUAUUUAUUUUUCAAUAUGGUUAUGGUUUUGCAAUAUUUACUGAAAAUAUAAUCAGAUAUAGGAUAUAGUGGCCUUACCAGUAAUCUAUGGAGGACCUUUAUAAGCAAAAACUUCCCUAUCAUAAAUAGAGUUAAUGAUUAGGCAAGUUGCAUCCCUAAUGAUUUCUUAUAUUAACAAAAGGCCUAUUGGCCUAUUAUUUUUUUUUUUGUAGUGGAGGAUUAUAGCUGAUUAUGUUACAGGUACCUAAUUUGUUGAUGGGAAUAAUAAUUAUAUGAUCCUGGUGGAAUAGAUCAAUUUAAGUAACAAACAAAAUCACUCAUGAAGGAUGCAAUUUAACUAAUUAUAAGUAUCAUUAAUAAAGAAUGAUUUUCUUAAGCAUAAAGAAGCAUUUUAAUUUCUACUUACUAUCCAUAUUUACAUUACAUAUGAAAUAUUAACAUAUCAUUAUAAACUGAGAAAUAAAGUAAUUAUGUUUAAGUACUAAUGAUACUUCGUAGUAGUAACAGUAUUAUAGAGAGAUCCAAUGCAAUUACUUUCUAAGUGUCUAGUUAUGGGGCAUUUUAGAACUCCCUCUUUACAAUCAAGUAACAUUGCUAUUCUCAAAAUAUCUCACAAGGAUUUCAAUAUAUAUAUAUAUUGAUCUUUUUCGCUUUAAGCGCCCAAGCAGCAAAUAUGUACAAAAGACAUAUCAUUACCAAUUAUUAUUUUCCUGUGUAAAUAUCAUUACCAUUCAAAUGACUUAAUAUUUCAUGUUGUUUCCUAUAUAUAAAUGAUAAAAUCAAUGCAUAUAUAUACAAAUGUUCCUGGAUAAACAUUUUUAAUGCUAAAGUAAUUUCAGUAGAAAAAUUCCCAUUUGUUUCUUUACCUUUAAAUGUUUAUUUUAAGUGAAAAAUCGAAUUAUACAGAAAGUUUUUAUGUUUAAUAUUAGUCAGUAUAUUCCUUAGUUUUCCAUGAGAAAAAUUAAAAAACAACUUCAAUAUCUGUAAUAUAUUUUAAGUAUCAAAAUGAUAAAGUGUUUGUUGUUCAGUUAAUGUAAUCUGAUUAGUAAAAACAAAAUAUUAAAUUUAUUCACACACAGUAUACAUGUAUAUACACUACUAUAAAUUAAAAAAAUAAUAAUUGUAGAAGAAUAGAUAUUCUGAAUUACUCUGUGGCUUUAGACGUUAGAAUUUUGACUUUCAUUAUUUUUAACAAUGUUAUGAUAUCCUGCCAUCAACAUUGUAACAGUAAUACAUAGGGAGGGAUGCUCCUCCUUGUGAUGUAUAGACAUUCUCUUUCUCUGCCUCCCCUUCCUCCAACACCCACACUACUAUCAUUGUUAUAUAGUUAGAUUGAGACAAAAACAUACAAACUAGAAAAGAAUUCUGGUUUUAUGAAUACUAAUGAACAAAACAAUCUAAUUACACAGAAAUAUUUUUAAUCCCCAAUAAAGUUUCAGAAUGGCAUUGUAUAAUACUGGAUUUAUUGAUAUCAAAGCAUAUUGUGAUUGUUUAAGUGUUGUCAAUGUGGUUGUGAAAAUACUGAGAAAAUUUAUGAAAAAUACUGAUAAAAAUAAAAUAGAUCAAGACAUUUGCAGUUGGCAUGAAAGACACUAAGUUAUCAGGCCAGACGAAUUUUAAUAAAAUUCUUGUGAAUUUGAAAAGUUUACAAAUCUUGUAAAUAGUAUCAAUAGAAUAGAUAAAAAUCAUUAUAGUGCAUAAUAUAUAUAUAUAUUGUCAUUGUUAUAUUGUUGUUGUGGACUAGCUAGAAAUAUAGUUUCAGUUAAAAAUCUCAUUAGAAAAUGAAAAAUUGUAAUGAAAAAAAAAAUGUGAAAUUCAAAGAUAGGAAUAUCAAAUGAUUAAAACCUCAUCACUCCUGAAGAAAAUCUCUUAUUCGAAAAUAUAUAAAUAUAUCUA